AAGCAAGUUUCCUAUACCUCUAAACCGACAGCCCGCUCCAAAACAACAUUGAAAAAAGAGAAAAAGAUUCUAAAAUGGAUACAGACGUCGUAACGACAGCCCUCCUACCCUCUCGUCAAGCCCUGCUCCAAGCAGUAUUAGUCGACCAAUAUCCCAAACUAAACCUGAACGCAUCCUCCACAAUCCUCACAACCACAAUCGAAUCAGCACAAACCCUGACAAAAUGGCUCCUGGACCAACAGCACGAUAUGCCCCGAAGCGUCAUCCUCACCGAACCGGUCGGUCGAAAUCAUAAAUUCGAAGCAUCACUCCAAAAAGCCGCGAAUCUAAUCCCCGUCGUCAAAGUCCAAGAUGAAAGCGUCACUCACGCAUUCUCGCAUAUUGCCACAUACAAAAAGUCCGAGACCUUGGUGACGCUGAAAGAGAUUUUUGAUGCUUUGAUUCCCAAAGGUGUGGCGAUUGUGACGGUUGCGAAACGGAAUCCUGUCGAGGAGAUUGUUUUGAGCACGUUUAAAAGUACGGGGAGGAGGGGGUCGAGUGGGAGUGUGAGGGAGUUUGUGGAGGAGAGUGGUUUGAGGAGUUUGGCGGAACAGGCGCAGUUUGAGUUGGGGAAGAUUCGGGUGUCGGAGAAGCAGGUUGUGAUUGAAGGGGAGGAUCUGGUUGGGUUGAAGGGGAGUGUGGAGAAGAUUUUGGAUGGGAUUUUGAGUCAGACGGGGGAUGGACAUAGUUGGGAGAAUACGUUUGAUCAGGCUUGGUCGGCGGAGGUGGAGAGGGGAGGAGGGAGGUUGGUUAUCGAAGCUUAUGUUUUGGUGGCUAUGAAGUGGGAUUUGCUUUGUGCUUGAGGGCGGUCAAGAGCCAGCAGCAUCACCCACGCCUUGGAUCUACAUCUAUGUAGACUUGCAGUUUGCUUCACUUCCUUCGAUGUUG